AGAUUCUAGCAGAUCUUUUCCCGGGGUAAGCGAGUAUAAAAUGCCCCAGCGGCGACGGUUAUUUCCUUUUACUUAUCAAUGAGCUGAAGUCUGUCCUUUGCAAUAAUCUUCAUACCUAACAUUCUCAAGAAACAUGCGUGAGUGUAUCUCAGUCCACGUGGGUCAGGCUGGAGUCCAGAUUGGCAAUGCAUGCUGGGAGCUUUACUGCCUGGAACAUGGGAUCCAGCCUGAUGGUCAGAUGCCCAGUGACAAGACCAUUGGAGGAGGAGAUGAUUCUUUUAACACCUUCUUCAGUGAGACUGGAGCUGGAAAGCAUGUCCCCAGAGCUGUGUUUGUAGAUCUGGAGCCCACUGUCAUUGAUGAGGUGCGCACUGGGACCUACAGGCAGCUGUUCCAUCCUGAGCAGCUGAUCACUGGCAAGGAAGAUGCUGCCAACAACUACGCCCGUGGACACUACACCAUUGGCAAAGAGAUCAUUGACCUGGUGCUGGACAGGAUCCGCAAACUGGCUGACCAGUGCACUGGUCUUCAGGGCUUCCUGGUUUUCCACAGCUUUGGAGGUGGUACUGGUUCUGGUUUCACCUCCCUGCUGAUGGAGCGUCUGUCCGUCGACUACGGCAAGAAGUCUAAGCUGGAGUUCUCCAUCUACCCAGCUCCCCAGGUGUCCACUGCUGUGGUGGAGCCUUACAACGCCAUCCUGACCACCCACACCACCCUAGAGCACUCUGACUGUGCCUUCAUGGUGGAUAACGAGGCCAUCUACGAUAUCUGUCGCAGGAACCUGGAUAUCGAGCGUCCUACCUACACCAACCUGAACAGGCUGAUGAGUCAGAUUGUGUCCUCCAUCACUGCUUCUCUUCGUUUUGACGGUGCCCUUAAUGUUGAUCUAACAGAGUUUCAGACCAACUUGGUGCCGUAUCCCCGCAUCCACUUCCCUCUGGCCACCUAUGCCCCUGUCAUCUCUGCUGAGAAGGCUUACCACGAGCAGCUGACAGUGGCAGAAAUCACCAACGCCUGCUUUGAGCCGUCCAAUCAGAUGGUAAAAUGCGACCCUCGCCAUGGCAAGUACAUGGCCUGCUGCCUUUUGUACCGUGGUGAUGUGGUGCCCAAAGACGUCAACGCUGCCAUUGCCACCAUCAAAACCAAGCGCACCAUUCAGUUUGUGGACUGGUGCCCCACCGGUUUCAAGGUCGGCAUCAACUACCAGCCGCCCACCGUGGUUCCUGGUGGAGACCUGGCCAAGGUUCAGAGGGCUGUGUGCAUGCUGAGCAACACCACUGCCAUAGCAGAGGCCUGGGCUCGGCUCGACCACAAGUUUGACCUGAUGUACGCUAAGCGUGCCUUUGUUCACUGGUAUGUAGGUGAAGGUAUGGAGGAGGGAGAGUUCUCUGAGGCCAGAGAGGACAUGGCAGCUCUGGAGAAGGAUUAUGAGGAGGUUGGAGUUGACUCUGUUGAGGGUGAGGGAGAGGAGGAGGGUGAGGAGUAUUAGAAAGGUCAUGAAGCCGCCAGUUAAACAGGUCAGGGGUUGUUUUUCAAAACUUUUGAAUGUUUGUGCAAAAAAAGAAACAGUUUGGCUACAUACACAAAAAUUAAAUAUAAAAUAAAUCAAUAUCAACUUGCAUGUUCUAAAGUUUUGAGUUGAAGUUGACUGUUGAGGAGAACCAAUGGACUUGAAGGCUUCAGUUAAAAUGGACACAGCUGAUGUAGAAUUGUUCUUGAAUUCAUCUCAAAAUCUAACAUGUGCUUAGAAUGACAAAAAUACUGGCUUCUAAAUAAAGUUCCUGUGUUUCAAAA